UAUUCUCCUCCAGACACGGAAAUUAGUUUGGCGCAGUUCUCGAUUACAGAGGUUUUUCUUUUUCAUACACAUACCGCGAACGUGAGCCGCCUUUCACUUCUCUCAGGUAACGCGAGCCAAUGAGAGCUCGCGGACGGUGCUCAAACAAGCGAGCUCACGGAAAAAGAGGCGGGAACCUCGCGCACCUUCAGAGGACGCGGAGCGCGUGCGCGCGCAUUCACAUUCACAUCGCUCGAGCUCACACAGAGUAGCAGCUUCACGGGCUCAAACCGGCGGAUUGCAGAAGGGGCAGGUGGACGUCUGCGUAGACUACCACCUCCGCUUGGCGGUCUGAAAGCACCUCGGUGGAAAUUUAACCACUUCUCACAGCCCGUCCGUGAUCUCGGUUUCAUUUGUCACAAAUACAUGCCGUUCAAGUGCUCGUAGUAAACAGUUCCUCGAGAUGGAAAACGCCCACACUAAAUCUGCAUCAGAAGUUUUAGCAAACUUCGGUGUGAACGAAAACACUGGACUCACGCUGGAACAAGUGAAAAUUAAUUUUGAAAGAUAUGGACCAAACGAGCUCCCAGCCGAAGAAGGUAAAUCUCUGUGGGAGCUGGUGGUGGAGCAGUUUGAGGACCUCCUGGUGAGGAUUCUGCUGCUGGCAGCCUGCGUGUCUUUUGUGUUGGCACUGUUUGAGGAUGGGGAGGAGUCGACCACAGCUUUUGUUGAGCCUAUUGUCAUCCUGCUCAUUCUGGUGGCCAACGCAGUCAUUGGAGUCUGGCAGGAGCGAAAUGCAGAGAAUGCCAUCGAGGCUCUGAAGGAGUAUGAGCCAGAGAUGGGCAAAGUGUACCGCAUUAACCGCACGGCCGUACAGAGGAUCAAAGCUCGAGACAUCGUGCCUGGAGAUAUUGUGGAGAUUUCUGUUGGGGAUAAAGUGCCAGCAGAUAUCAGGAUCACAUCAAUCAAAUCCACAACUCUAAGAGUGGACCAGUCCAUUCUCACAGGCGAAUCUGUGUCUGUUAUCAAACACACUGAUCCUGUGCCAGAUCCUCGAGCUGUCAAUCAAGACAAAAAGAACAUGCUGUUUUCUGGCACAAACAUCGCUGCGGGUCGGGCCAUCGGCGUUGUCAUCUCCACCGGUGUUUCCACUGAAAUCGGAAAGAUCCGUAACCAGAUGGCGGCAACUGAGCAGGAGAAAACCCCGCUGCAGCAGAAGCUGGAUGAGUUCGGCCAACAGCUCUCGAAGGUCAUCUCCCUCGUCUGCAUCGCCGUCUGGGUCAUUAACAUCGGCCAUUUCGCCGACCCGGUCCACGGCGGCUCGUGGAUCCGAGGUGCCAUCUACUACUUUAAGAUUGCCGUGGCCUUGGCAGUGGCUGCUAUCCCGGAGGGUCUUCCAGCUGUCAUCACCACCUGCCUGGCGCUGGGCACCCGUCGCAUGGCCAAGAAAAACGCCAUUGUUCGUUCGCUGCCCUCGGUGGAGACGCUGGGAUGCACCUCCGUUAUCUGCUCAGACAAGACAGGGACCCUGACGACCAACCAGAUGUCUGUCUGCAGGAUGUUUGUGGUUAAUAAGGCUGAUGACACCAGCUGCUCCCUGCAUGAGUUCACAAUCACUGGCUCAACCUAUGCUCCGGAGGGACAAGUGCUGAAGGCUGACAAGCCGGUGCAGUGCGGAGAUUAUGAUGGUCUUGUGGAACUGGCUACUAUCUGCUCCCUGUGCAACGACUCUUCUCUGGACUAUAAUGAGGCUAAAGGAGUGUACGAGAAAGUGGGCGAGGCCACUGAAACUGCGCUCACAACGCUGGUGGAGAAGAUGAACGUGUUUAAAACGGACCUCUCUGGACUCAGCAAAGUGGACCGAGCUUCAGCGUGCAACUUGAUUAUCAGAAAACUAAUGCAGAAAAAAUUCACACUGGAGUUUUCCAGAGACAGGAAGUCCAUGUCUGUAUACUGCACUCCCAAUGGCUCACACUCUCAGAGCAAGAUGUUUGUCAAGGGUGCUCCAGAGAGCGUGAUUGACCGCUGUCAGUUUGUGCGUGUUGGUAAAGACCGUGUCCCGUUGACUAUGGCAGUGAAGGAGGAGCUGAUGAGCACUAUUAGAGACUGGGGUUCAGGCAGGGACACACUGCGCUGCUUGGCUUUGGCCACACGAGACGCUCCCCCUUCUGAUGACAAAAUGGACCUGGAGAACUCUGUCAAGUUCGCGGAGUAUGAGUCAAAUCUCACCUUCGUUGGCUGUGUGGGGAUGUUGGAUCCACCCAGAAAGGAGGUGAUUGGCUCAGUGAAGCUGUGCAGCAAGGCUGGUAUACGUGUCAUCAUGAUCACCGGGGACAACAAGGGCACCGCCGUGGCCAUCUGCAGACGCAUCGGCAUUUUCAAGGAGGAUGAAGACGUGGAAGGAAGGGCCUACACGGGUAGAGAGUUUGAUGACCUAACUCCAGAGGCCCAGCGAGAGGCUGUGAAAAGGGCACGAUGCUUCGCCCGUGUCGAGCCUGCACACAAGUCAAAGAUUGUUGCUUAUCUACAGUCCUUUGAUGAGAUCACAGCGAUGACUGGAGAUGGCGUGAAUGAUGCCCCUGCCUUAAAAAAGGCUGAAAUUGGCAUCGCGAUGGGCUCAGGCACAGCUGUAGCCAAGUCAGCCUCCGAAAUGGUGCUCUCUGAUGAUAACUUCUCCACCAUCGUGGCUGCAGUGGAGGAGGGACGAGCCAUCUACAACAACAUGAAGCAGUUUAUCCGUUACCUCAUCUCCUCCAACGUGGGAGAGGUGGUGUGUAUUUUCCUGACAGCCAUCCUUGGCCUGCCUGAGGCUUUGAUCCCUGUCCAGCUGUUGUGGGUGAACCUGGUGACGGAUGGUCUGCCGGCCACUGCCCUGGGCUUCAACCCCCCUGACCUGGACAUCAUGGACAAGCCCCCCCGAAACCCUAAGGAGCCUCUUAUUUCCGGCUGGCUUUUCUUCAGAUACCUGGCCAUCGGAGGAUAUGUGGGUCUAGGCACUGUCAGUGCUGCUACCUGGUGGUAUUUGUUUGAUGAGGAGGGGCCACAGGUGUCCUUUUAUCAGCUGCGACAUUUCAUGCAGUGUACAGAAGAAAACCCCAUGUUUGAGGGCAUUAACUGUGAGGUCUUUGAGUCACGUUACCCCACCACCAUGGCUCUCUCUGUGCUUGUUACCAUAGAGAUGUUCAACGCUCUUAACAGCCUGUCAGAGAAUCAGUCUCUGCUGAGGAUGCCACCCUGGGUGAAUAUAUGGCUGCUGGGAGCAAUAAUCCUGUCCUUGUCUCUACACUUCCUCAUCCUGUAUGUGGAGCCUCUACCGCUGAUCUUCCAGGUAACUCCGCUGCAUUAUUCCCAAUGGAUUGUAGUCCUCAAGAUCUCAAUUCCUGUCAUCCUAUUGGAUGAGGCACUCAAGUAUAUCUCCCGCCACCACUUAGAAGUUUAACUUUCUCCUCUCAUCUUUUAAAAGGUGAAGAGGAGGAAAGGUACAGGAAGAGUCGGCAGCUGAAAUUCUAGGACAACUUCCUCCAGACACACAUGAUAACACACACACACACCCACCCCUGCCUUUUUCCUCCGUUCUUUUAAGACUGCACCCCAUGCGCACACGUUCACACACGCGUCAUCAGACUCCUCGUCAUCAAUUCUCCCGUGUUUCAGCUGCAUGUUCAGCCACCACUAAAACAAGCAGGGCUUGUAGUUUGUUACAGUGUGUGUGUAUGUGUGUCUGUGUGUGAGAGAGUGAGACAUCGGGUCUGUGCGUGCGUGUGUGUGUGUGUGUGCGCUAGCAUGUGCAUGGGCCUAAUUCAAUCAUGUCAAGCAGUUGUGUGACCAUUUGUUUUCUUUUAUCUUGCUUUUAGCUUUCAACACACUUGCUGUACAUAUUAGAGCAGUUACCGGUGCGCUUGAGGGAGAUGAAGAGGGUUUGAGGUUAAUCAUUUGGGUAUUACAGGUUAAAUUCACUGGGGGGGGGCGGCGAUGAAUCGUAAUUUGUCCAUAGAAAAAGAAAUCACUAUAAACAAUGAAAAGAGAGGAUGGAGAUGGCACCAUAGGGGUCUUUUAAAGUGUGAAUGUUUGUUUGGACCGAAUGGCCAGUUUCUUUAAGUGGUCAACUCCAGUUUCUUUCUCCUUCCUCUCUUCUUUACAGACGGGGUUGCCACCUUCAGUGCUUCUCUUAGCUAAACGUUUCAUUUAGAUAACUUUACACAAGGCUAAACCUGGCAGCAGAUUUCUAUAUUACACUUGAAUAAUAAUAAAAAAAAAAUCUGCAUUUGUUUUAGAUUAAGUCUAAAAUGGGUGUCACUUAAACCUGAGAAUUUUGAAACGCACUCAGUUUAGGAUUCAAGUUGAUGUGUAAAAAUAGGCCCAGGAAUGAAUUUUAGCUGUACAACAUUUCAAAACUGUCCAAAUUUUUUUUUUUUUUUUUUUUUUUUUUUUUACAUAUGAUUAUAAACACAAAGUGAGCAAGUGAAUUGAUGAAUCCCAGAGUUCUCCUCUUCUUCACCUCCUUUAUUCUCUAGAGUGAACUCCAGUUGAACACUAGUAACUACAGGUAUGUUCUGCAAGUAAAUUGAUCCAAACAUAGAGCAGCCUGUCACAUGCUGUAAGUAUUAAUAUCAAUGGCAGGUUUUGAAUAUGAUGAAAGGAAAGAGGAGGAAAGAAAGGGAUUUGUUCAUUGACGUGAAGGGCAGUUGAGGUCCGCAGCAUUGCUUAACAUUAUCUGACACACAGACUGAAACAAACACAUUUCCCCCUCAGUACGGAGUGAAGGGGUCUCACUUGAAUGUACUUUCACUCGCUUCUUCCCUGUACCGUUUUAUCCUAGUAAAUGUAAUCACAGCUGUUUAACAUCUGCAGUCCUAAACUGCACCUCUUUCAUCUUUUAAUACUGUAUGCUGCCAAAUGGCUUUUUUCCUUUGCUCUUGUUUUAUUUCCUCCAUAUUCUACAUUUUGUUUGAGUUGAAAUCGUCAUCAUCAUGAACACACAAACAUCCUUAACGCAGUGGGUCUUGCCGUACAUCAUGUCUACAGAGGGAGGACUCUCUACCGCUAGUGCUUUUCUUGCAAUCUUGAUGAACUUGGCUGCUUUUUUGUUCUUUUUGUUUUGUUUUUUGUUUUGUUUUGUUUUUAAUAAAGUAAUAAUAAUGUAUUUGACUGAAAGAACCCAGGUGGUUUAGUUUGUCAAUUUUGCUGUUAAGGGUAUGAUAUGCCUUCAUCGAUCUGUUGGGAAAUGCUGGUGUGCUGUUUUCAGACAAAUUGGCAAACCAACUACGCCUGUGCCUGGUGUCAUUAUGCUUACCGUGGUAAAACUGCAGUGUGAAGAGUCUGUGUCCGCUUGUUAGCUCUGGUGGUGUGAGCAUCCUUUUGUCACAGUCUAGAAUCAUCUGUUUUGCCUGUAACAAAUGUGAGUGAUGUAAAUGCUAUUUAAAACAGACAAGCUCUGUGUCCCAUGUGCUCUCACACCUUUAUCUAUUCCAAUGGCAAUGUAUUACCAUAUAACUUUAGGGUCAGCGUAUUGACACGAGGCAGUAAGGCCGCUUUAUCACACUAGCAUAUGCGCCAAUAGAAAGUGUGGGCUUGUACAGCCUUGCUAAUAACUACUGAACUCUUGAACUCUGUACAGAAAAAAAAAAAAAAAAUGAAAUACCUGAUUGCAUGGAACAUUGUUACUGUAAUUAAUAACCUAUACAGUAUAUUUAAUUUUUUUAAUAAUGACUUAAAUGAAACAUCACCACCCGGAGGAAAACAGUCCAAAACUUUUUUUUUUUUUCUUCUCUGCGUUCAAGUUACUGAGGAUGGAUAAUAUUUUGUAGAAUAGUGGAGGUUGAUUAUUCAUUGUUACAGUUUGUUUUUAAAGGUUGCAGGGGUUUUUCUGUCUCUUUUCAGUUUAGCUUAGGAGUUGUAAAAUAAAAAUAAGAAUUGUGCUAAUGAUCAUUUUUGCAACUAUAAUUGGGUUUGAAUGUCUGAGGAUUUUUCUUUUUCUUUUGUUUGUCUGUUUUGUUUGUUUGGUUGUUCUGGUAAAGGAACAUCGUGUGGUUUACGCAGAGUGACGUCCAGUAGUCAAUACUGGCUUAUGAAGACGUUGUCUUGAAGGGCUUGGUGUGGGUACAUGUGCCUCCAGAGGUAUGAAAUGUCUGUGUGUUAUGCAGAAAGUUGGACGUCCACUUUGUAAAUCUAUUUCCAUUCAUUUACAAACUCCUUUUGUUGGUGCUUCUGCUACAUACCGUUUUCAUCAAACAAUACUGAAUGUUUUCAUUCUGAAACGUACUUGACUGUUCGUUAUAAACACUUUCGAAAGGUUGACAAUCAGGAAAGCAAACAAAAGAUUUUAGUGACGUUUCCUUCCAUUCGCUCUCGAGUUCAGUGUGGUCCUGAGAUGAUCCGUUCGUACUGGACAGCUGUCUUUCUGCCUGCGCACAAACCGGCUGGAGCUUUGCACCCACUACUGAGAAAGAAUUCUCUGUAAACGCCUUGGUAAUAUUAAUUGUGGAUACAUAAUUUUAUAUAUGACAUGUCAAAUAAAGAUUAUUUAUCUUAUAAUUUA